CAAUCAGGAGGAGAUGCCUUCCAGAGCAAAAAUAAGUGAUGCAGAGAGAGGCAAGCGGGGAGCAGACUAUAUCGACUCAGUUCAACUGCUGCAGUGAAAGGAUACACAUCACGUUAUUUGACAGAGCUUUGCCUUAUAUUAGGAUUGUGAACUUCUGUCAGUAUUAGGUGGCCGCAGUAGAUGACAAACUGGAGACAAUGCAGUUGGGCAGAAUUUACUGAGGAGUGACGUGGCAGAAGUGUUCUCUUAUUCGGAUUCAACUACACUGGAUACAAUGAGAACUUGCUUACUGAUAGUACUUUGGGCAUGCUCGUCACAAAUUUGUGAUGCAAAAGCCUUAUUUAAAAGGACUACAGAGGAGGUUGUCAAGGAAGGGAUGAUGGUGGGGCGAGGAAAUGACGGGUGGGCACUAAAGCGUUCCAAACGAGGCUGGAUGUGGAAUCAGUUUUUUCUGCUUGAAGAAUACACUGGGUCUGAUUAUCAGUAUGUUGGAAAGCUGCAUUCUGAUCAAGAUAGAGGAGAUGGAAGUGUAAAAUAUGUCCUUUCUGGAGACGGGGCCGGUUCCUUGUUUCUUAUUGAUGAGAAUUCAGGUGACAUUCACGCUACAAAGCGACUGGAUAGAGAAGAAAAGGCUUACUACACACUUCGUGCUCAAGCAGUAAACAAGAGGACAGGCAGACCCGUUGAGCCAGAAUCACAGUUCAUCAUUAAAAUCCAUGACAUCAAUGACAAUGAACCAAAGUUUACAAAAGACAUGUAUAUUGCCAGUGUUCCAGAAAUGUCUGAUGUUGGUACGCCGGUUAUACAAGUCACCGCAACUGAUGAUGAUGACGCUACCUAUGGGAACAGUGCUAGAGUGGUCUACAGCAUUCUCCAAGGACAGCCAUACUUCUCUGUGGAACCUGACACAGGGAUCAUUAGGACAGCCCUGGCAAACAUGAACAGAGAAAACAAGGAAAAAUACCAAGUGGUCAUCCAGGCCAAGGACAUGGCAGGGCAGAUGGGUGGAUUAUCAGGGACUGCGACAGUGAACAUCUCCCUCUCUGAUGUGAACGACAAUCCUCCUAGAUUUCCUCAGGGUACAUAUCAGUUGAGUACCCCCGAGUCAACAGAGGUUGGAUCACCAGUUGGCAGGAUCAAAGCUAAUGAUGCUGAUAUUGGUGAAAAUGCAGAAGUUAAAUACAGUAUCAUUGGUGGGGAUGGAGUGGACAUGUUCGAUAUCAUGACAGACAAGGACACACAAGAAGGGGUCAUCUCUGUGAAAAGGCCUUUGGACUAUGAGAGAAAGAAAAUAUAUACCAUUAAAGUGCAGGCAGAGAACACACAUCUGGACCCUCGAUUUCUUUUACUUGGCCCCUUCAAAGAUACAGCUACUGUGAAAAUCACUGUGGAAGAUGUUGAUGAGCCCCCAGUGUUUGAACGGGCGAGUUACAUCAUGGAGGUGAAGGAGGACGCCAGUAUCGGCACUAUGAUAGGUGCUGUUAUUGCAGCAGACCCUGAUGCCACCAAAAGCCCUGUCAGGUAUUCCAUUGAUCGACUUACGGACCUGGAUAGAAUGUUUAACAUCCACUCUGGAAAUGGCUCAAUCAUCACUUUUAAACACCUCGACAGGGAAUCAUUUCCGUGGCAUAACAUCACAGUUACUGCAACGGAGAUCAGCAACCCUAAACAAGUGGGCCGUGUUCCAGUGCACAUCCGAAUUUUGGAUAUUAAUGACAACGCCCCAGAGUUUGCCACUUUCUACGAGACUUUUGUCUGUGAAAAUGCAAAAGCUGGACAGCGGAUACAAACAGUCAGUGCAGUGGAUAAUGACGAUCCCAUUGGUGGACACAAGUUUUUCUUCAGUUUGCCAGCUGAAGCAUCUGUCAAUGCAAACUUUACACUCCGAGAUAACAAAGACAACACAGCUGGAAUCCUAACUAGGCAGAGUGGUUUUAGCCGAAUGGAAAGGAGCACCUACCUUGUGCCUGUGGUAAUAUCAGACGGGGACUAUCCCAUGCAGAGCAGUACCAGCACACUAACUAUCCGUGUGUGCACCUGCGACAGGGAGGGGAAUGUGCAGUCUUGUAAUGCUGAAGCUCUGAUCCUUCCUGCUGGUCUCAGUACUGGAGCCCUUAUUGCCAUUCUUCUCUGUAUAAUUAUUCUUCUCAUUAUAGUGAUGCUGUUUGCAGCCCUAAGGAGGCAGAAGAAGAAGGAGCCUCUGAUAAUUUCUAAAGAAGACGUCAGAGACAACAUUGUCAGCUACAACGAUGAAGGAGGUGGAGAAGAGGACACACAGGCCUUUGAUAUUGGAACACUAAGGAAUCCAGAAGCAAUAGACGAUAACAAGCUACGCAGGGAUAUUAUACCAGAAACAUUGUUUCCAUCACGACGGACAGCACCCACCAGGGAUAACGCAGAUGUCAGAGACUUCAUUAACCAAAGGCUACAAGAAAAUGACACAGAUCCAACCGCCCCCCCUUAUGACUCUCUAGCAACAUAUGCUUAUGAAGGCAAUGGGUCCAUAGCAGAGUCCCUCAGCUCUUUGGAAUCUGCCACCACAGAAGAGGACGAGGACUAUAAUUACCUUAGUGAAUGGGGACCCCGCUUUAAGAAACUGGCAGAUAUGUAUGGGGGAGAAGACAGUGACAAAGAUUCUUAACCAACACUCUUGUCAAACGAUUGUAAGAAACUGUACUGGUACAUAAAGUGACCCAUUU